GGCAAUCUUAGUUAUACCCGCUUUUUUAGUAGAGCUGUGGAGCUGGCAAUGUCUGCUUCACUUGGAAGCGACUUUAAAACAAAGCCUUGGCACGUGAGAUGUCAUGGUUUUAAGAGAUUUUAUCCAAUAGUGUGUAUUCUGCCUUAACAUGAAGUGGUGGCUGUGGAUUUCGUAUUUAUAUUUAAAGUACCUGAGAAGUUUUCUGCCAGUUCUGUCUCGGUUUUCCUCCCGUGUUUGCCUGGUGUUUUUACGUGUCACCUCUGGUGUGUUCCCUGCGCUGCUGCCGCUCUCAGGCCGCGUUCCCCGCCGCGGUGCCUGGACACGCGUGGCCGCGGGAGGCUCAGGCGGCUGGUGCAUCGCUCCUGCCGGCACAGGGAGCGGCGUGGCGUGGGAGCAGCGCUGUGUCACAGUGCUCUCGUUUCUCCUCAGGUUUUUCAGCAACGGUUCCAGUAAUUAUAUGGAUCGGAGUAUGGCUUGCAAGCCUGUGGAGAGACCGACUUUCUUUGAAAUAUUUAAGGCACAUUGCAGUGAAUCAGACCUAGGGCCUAUCAGUCUCAACUGGUUUGAAGAACUCAGUGCAGAAGCACCCCCCUAUGAGCCUAAAUCUUUAGGAGAACAUGAUGGUCCCUUUGGCUGGCUUGAUCAAACAUCUUUUAAAACUCCCAGGACAAAACCCUCUACAUACAGUCAGCUGGCAUCAACUCCACUGAUUUUUAAAGAACAAAAUAUAGUAUUGCCACCUUAUUCUCCUGGAAAAGAACCAGAUCAGAAAACAAUAGGAGAAAGCAGAGAGAACUUGAUAAGCCCUAGUAUCAGAAGAAGAAAAAUAGAUCAAGAAAAUGAAAUACUUGCUUCUCCUCCUGGUACCUGCUACAACUGCUUUGCUGCUAGUCCAGCUGUUUUGAGGAAUACUUACAGAACACCUCAGAGAAAUAAUAUACCUGGACCACAUGGAAGCUUGUUUUGCACGCCAAAACUUUUGGAGGCUAGAACUCCAAAAUGCAUUUCUGAAAGUCUGGGAGCAGAAGUGGAUCCAGAUAUGUCCUGGUCAAGUUCUUUAGCCACACCUCCUACACUUGGUGCAACAGUGAUAAAAGCUGAAGAGAAUAAUUCUAUUUCUGGAGCAAAGCAACAAGAUGAAAGAGCUGAGAUAAUUUUGCACAACUGUUUUUCCAACCAUGAUGAAUGUCCUGGGAUGAGUGAUACAAGUAUGUUGUUGCCUGUACCAGAGACUGUAAAGUUACAUGCUGAAGAUGAUGUCAAAGAUUUUGAGUCAGAGAUGUUAGAUGGCUUGUUUGGCGAGUUGAAUAGCUUUGAGGAUACGUUCAACAUGCCUGCUGAGUCCAAUGGAACUCUUCUGUUGAUGCCAGAUGCUGUGGAUGCAGUAGAGAAAUAUGGAAUAAACACAGACAAAACACAAGGAAAGGGGGAUUUUCCUUCCGAGCAGUGUACUAGAAAAAAGACUGCCAUUUCACAGGAAGUGAAUACGAGCUGGACCAAAAAAAGCCAUGUUAUUGAAAAGAAGGAUUCUUUGCUCCAAAACAUUGAUGAAGAUACGGCGGAUUGUGAAGAUGGCUGGUUAAUAGGACAUGAAAAGGAAUUGGAGUCACUUAGGAUUGCCAGAGAUAGGCAAGAUUACAGAACACAUGAGGCAGCUGAGAAUGAGAAGCCUGUGAAAGAAGAUGUGCUAUCUUCAUCAGGCCAGUGGUCUCAACUGAACCUAUCUGAUCUUGAUGAAACUCACUUAGACAUGUCUGUAUGUAGUUCUCCACCUUCUGACUUAUGCAGAGAGAAGAAACUAGAACAGAAGUCAUUACUUGUGACCAAGGAUGAUGCUGUGGGGACAUCUUUACUGAAUACUUCAGAUUUGAUAAAAGCGCAGAAGCUGAUGAGUGUCAGUUUGUCAGAAAAGUGCUGUGAAGUGAAAAAUUCUGAAAGCAGCCCAACGUCUGAAAUAACUCCAGUAAAAUCUGUGUCUCUGAGUGUUCAAGAUCCAAAGUUAGUAAAAGGAUGUGCAGCUGAGAAGGUUUCCAAAAUGAGCUUCUUAAACUGUAAUAGUUCCUUUGUAAUUGAAUGCACAAAUAUCACCAAGUGUUCUGUAGUCUACAAUGGCAGCUUUUCCAAGCAUUUAAAGGCAACCUCUAAGUCUGUCAUAACUGAUGUUCUGUCUCACCCACUUGUAUGUAGUGCUGCAUCACCAGAUAAUUGCAAUGACCUACAUUUAAUACAUAGUGAAAAUACUCUUAAGAAGUCUGGCUUUAAAAGAUUGAAUAUGUUAUCUAGCUUGAGAAAGAGAUCCAAGAGAUUUAUUUAUACAAUAAAUAAUACUUUACUAUAUCAAGAAGAAAAAAUACAGAAAGAAGUAACCUCUGAAUCACCUGUUCAUCCUCUGUUACCACAUACAGAAUCUGAUUCAUAUGGAUUUAAAGGCUGUCAUGUGGCCAGCGUUGACGAACAAGACUGCUUACGUCUUGCUGAGACAAAGCAUUUGCAAUCAAAUAUCGAGGAAAAUAAUGUCAGCACUUGUAUUUUAAAAAUGGAUACAAUGGAUAACUCAUCUGAUCAUUCUGUCAGCGACAGGCUGAAGGAACAAGACCUGAGAGACUUGGGGAAAAAUGCAAGAGAGGAUCAACCUGGUACAUCAGUAAAAUGCUUAGCAGUAUCUACUACACAGAAAGAAGACACAACAAAUUCUUUAGAUAGUGAAAUAAUUUCAAAUAUAAAACGUAAAGUUCUAACUUCAGCAUGUCUAAUGGCAAGAAGGCGUUCCAGGAUGCUCCCUAGAGGCUGCUCCUUAGAGAAGGGCAAGGAAGAUAAGCAUGUGAGUGCUAAUAUUAACAACAGACCUAUUGUACCUCAGAGCCUGAAAGAAGAACUUGCCUGCUCUUCUCCUAGGGAUAAUGAGCGCUUGAUUGAGAUGCACAAUGACACUACAGCUCUGACAAAUGGCAGUUUCAAUAGCACUUUGAAUCAGAUUAACUGUGGCAUAAACGGAGCCAGUAGUGAUUAUUGCAAUAAAAUAUCGACUGAUAAAAGGCAUGCUACAGACCAGUGGUCAGUGGAUGACUGUAGAGAAGUACUUGGACCUUUGGGAAUAAACUGCUCAGAAAAUGAUAGUACUGGAUUAAAACAAGGGGAGAAAACAGAUGCAGCUGCCUUUUUAGAAGCUGUAGCCAACAGUGAAGAGUCAAAGUCAAUUGAAAACAAUGAAAGCCCUCAAGCAGCUGCUUUUGCUAAUGUAGCUGGAGAGAUUGCUGAAGAAUUGUUAGAUUGUAUAGAUGACAGUUCUUUAAAUGAGGUAACUUCUGAAGAAAAUAAACAAGGAGCACCUAUGUAUUCCAGCAAAAAGCCAAAUGAGAGCCUAAAGUAUAAAGGGAAAUCAUCUGGAAAUCUUAAUGUAUGCAAUUUGAAUCUGGGCUUUGGUGGCUUUCAGACUGCUUCCAAUAAGCAGAUUCAAUUCUCUGAAGCCGGUAUAGCAAAAGGCAAAAUGCUAUUCAAAGAUAUUGAAAAUGAAUGCUUUGAAGCUUAUUCUAUGGAAAGAGCCAAAAAUUUUUCAAAACAAGUUAAAAAGGAGAAUAUGUUUAUCUCAGAUUCAGAAAGCAAAUUGAGCAGUAAUUUAUGUGGUUCUUUAGAUUCACAGACAAGUUUUCUUGAGCCCAAGUGUACAGAGUUUAUUCCACAUAAAGUUAGCUUGUGUACAAGCUUUCCCAGAAGUCCACAGUCUUUACAAGAAACAAAUCAGACCUUGACAGCAAGCCAAGAAGCUGAAAUUGCUGAACUUUCUAGUAUCUUGGAAGAAACAGGGAGCCAGUUUGAAUUUACGCAGUUCAGAAAGCAAAGUAACACGAUACAAAGCCAUGCCUUUCAACAGUUUGGAACUGCAGAAACACAUGAAACAAAGAAUGUGGAAAAUAUUUCUGAAACAAGGAAAGAGGCUGAAUUUUGUACCACUUUUAAAUCUGAAAAUCAAGUAAAAAAUUACAAGUAUUGUACAAAGCAGGAAGAUGCAAAUGAAGACUCUGAAGUGGUGGAAUGCAAAAAAGAAAAGGCAGUGGUUUUCCAUAAAAAUGACAAAAAGGUCACUUUUGCUAACUUAGACAGAAACAGAAGUAGAAUAUCUGAUGAGAGCUUUCCAGUAGCUAAACAAGACAACUUUUCAAAUUUUGUAGGCUUUACUUCAGCUGGAGGUAAAAAAAUAAAUAUUUCUCAGGUGGCUUUGGACCGCUCUGCAGAGCUCUUCAGGGACUUGGAUGAUGAUAACUCUUUGUUUAAAUCUUUUAAAACUAGUACUAGAUAUCACAAUUUAAAUGGGCACAUGUCUUGUAACUGUAAUUUUGUCAGGUGCCUGACAAAAGAAAACGAAAGUGAAACGGUUUGUGUUUCAGAUUUAAAAAGAAUAGGUGCCAUUCCUCACACAGGUUCUGUUUCCCACCAUGCACAGAAAAAAAAUGAGGAAAACGUAAGUAGUCUGUUUAAGGAAAAUACAGAAAAACAGACAACAAGAUCAAUAAAUGAUACUGAAAAUAUACAUUUGAAUAGUACUAACAUCACCAGCAGUCUAUCAUCUGUUAAAAAACAUAAUCAGAAUUACAAAACUCCCAAACAAUUUUUGAAUGAAGGAGAUUGCCAAGUUGAAGGCAGUUUACAAGAAGACUUAUUAGAUACAAUGUGUCUGGGAGACACUAGUACAAUUGCAGAAGAGCAUAGUUUAAGUACAUCGGAUGAAAUGGGAAACUUGUUUUCUAAUCUGAAGAGAGAAGACGGAAAGCAAGAAAAUGAGCAUUUGUCACAAAAAUUUCUAACUCCACCUGGUGGUGAUGUAUCCAUUUCUGAUGCAGCUUUGGAUAAUUCUCUACACUUGUUCACUCUUCAAUGUGGAGAAGGAGAUGUAAAUGUUUUGGAGAACUUUGAUAACCAAAAGAUAAAUAGUGAAAAUCUGGAAGUGGAAGACACCACCCAUGAUAAGAUCCUGUUAAUGAAUGAAAGCAGAAUAAAAACAGGUUCUCACCAUCAUCAUCAAAUAUCUUUCAAGCAAGAGAUGGAUGUUGAGAAAAAUGAAGCAAAGGGGAGCUAUGUGACUGGUUUUCAUACUGCUAGUGGCAAGAAAAUAACAAUUGCUGAUGGAUUUUUGGCGAAAGCUGAACAGUUUUUUGCAGAAAGUGUUGAUGUUGGAAAGGAGCAUAGCGACAGUUUUGAGAACCCCUUAAUGAGAAGGAAAUGUGGUAAAAACUCUGUCAAAGACUCUGACUUACGUAUUGAAAGCAUUGCUCAAUGUGAUCCAGAAAAACUGAAUUUUAAUAAAAAGCUUGUUCCAGAAGAAGCAGAAGAUGAAUUCAAGCAGACAGUAGAGAGCAGUCCCAUUAAACACACUGUGAUUAUUGAUACUGUUAAAGUAGAUACAUUUGUUAAUCUAGGUGAAGAUUGUAAAAUAAGUUUGGUAACUUCAUAUGCACAUGAAAAUGCUGAUGUCAGACCUGGAAAAACAGAAUUGGAGUCCCUUCCCAGACAGGAGGGUGAUGCUUUAAGCAGAACUCAUUUUUCAGAAGAUAGAAAACUGUUUGCAGAAAGAGAGAGGGAAUGCUCAGCAAAAAAGAGGGAUGAUUCAGAAAACAUGCAUGGUUUUCCUGUACACUCUGCUGCAUCUCUGCAUUUAAUGAAGGUAUCAAAUGACCUUGGAGAUAAUUCUGUGCCUGGAGAUACAAAAAAUACUGUAUUUGUUGAAGAUCAUAACAAUAAAUCUAAUCAGUCUCUUCUCUUAACUUCAAAAAGUAGCUCUUUUCAACUGAAUAGUGGCAGUAAGGAAUUUGACUUAGAACAUUUAAAUGAACCUUGUGCUGAUACAGAGUGCUUCACAGACACCAUAGUUAAUGCUUGCCAAAACCAGUCACUGGUCAGUCUUCCUGAAGAUGAAACUAAUUCAACCAGCUUAAAAGAAACAACACUUAAUGUUGAAAAUCAAAAGGGUAAUCUGAAACAAACUAUGUUUAGUACAGCAAAAGGUAAAGCAGUUUCUGUUUCAGAGAGUGCAUUAACAAGAGUCAGACAAAUGUUUCAAGACUACAGUGAAUCCGUAGAAUAUGAAACUGGGACUAACUCAAGAUCUAAUCAAACUCAAAUUGCUGGAAAUUCAUCUUCCACCAUUCAUGCCAAGAGUUCUAAUUCCACUAAGUUUUUAAAUGCCACAAGAAGUGAAGAGAUUAAUUCGGUUGCAUCACAUUUUUAUGAAGUGAAUGCAAGUGCUAGUGAAAAUGGUGACGAAGAUACAAACACAUUUGCAGAUGCAAAGUCUGUUUCAGAUUCUCAGAGACCGUGCUUUGAACAGAAUAUUCAGCUUUUAGGGCACUUGCCUGGUCCAGAUAAGCAGAUAAAGCAGUCAGAGUCUUCUGUAAGCAACCUAAGAUUUUUUAGUACAGCAAGUGGUAAGACUGUACAACUAUCAGAAGAGUCACUCAGGAAAGCCAGACAGCUCUUUUCUGAACUGGAAGGUAAUCAUUCAGUGCAUGGACAAGAAGAAUAUUUAGUUGAGGAAGAUGUUGAAAAGUCUAAAGUGUACACUGAAGAAGCAGUUUGUAGAAAAAUGCAGAUGGCAUUACCAAAAGGGGAAGAAAAUGCCAGCACUGAAUUGAUUUCAAAUCCAGCUUUUGGGUUCAGCACUGCAAGUGGAAAGCAGGUAGCAGUUUCUAACAAUGCCUAUGAAAAAGCAAAGGCACUUUUGAAAGAAUCUGAUAACUUUUUAAGCAGUGGGCUUUGCAUUAGAGAUCAAUUUAGUUCAGUUAAAGAGAGAGGUCAACAUGUAAGUUGUCUAACUGACAAAAUUAACUCAGAAUCCAAAACUGACAAAAGCUGCAAUGAAGACUUUGACUUAAAAAACAUCUGCCCUGAGGAAAUGAAGUCUUCCCCAAGCACUCACCAUGUCAAAACGCCUGAGUAUGUACUACCACAUACUAAGAAAAGCAAGCAGGUAACAUUGAAAAAUAGCCUGCAGCAAGAAGAGACUAGAUCUUUUGGAAAAGGGCACCUGAAUCUGGGGAUGAAAACAGAGUCUGAAGCAGUUUCAUACAGUACUACUCCUAAAGCAGGAAUGAAUAUUAAUCUUCUCCAAACUCCAAAAAAUUACUUGGAAAUGGAAGCUGUAGAAAGUGCAAGAGCUUUUAUGAAAGAUGAUCUUUCAGAUUCUGAAGUACAGAUGAAUGCUGCACAGUCCUUCAGUGGCAGACUGGAGAAAGACUUUCAGAACAAGACCUUUGGGAAGAGACACUGUGAAGAAGGAAACUCACUUGGAGAACCUCCAAUUAAAAGACAGCUACUGCUUGAGUUUAACAGAACAAAGAAUCCCCCCAGAUCUUUGAAAUCUUUGAAAAGCACCCCUGAAGGCAUUUUCAAAGACAGAAGAAAAUUUAUGUACCAUGUUCCUUUAAAACCUGUAACUUGUCAACCUUUUGGGACUACUAAAGAACGACAAGAAGUCAGGAAUCCUACUGUUACUCUACCAGAUCAAGACUUCAAGGGAUUCAAAUCUAAACCUGCCAUUUUUCAGCACUGUGCGCUAAGGCAGUCUUCAAAUGGUACUUCAGGGGUUUCUAGUCCAUGUGAGGCCUCAGCAAAAGAGAAUGAAGAAAGAAGAAGUCUGCACAAACCUGGCAAAACUGCUAAAACUUUUGUUCCGCCCUUCAAAACCAAGCUGACUUUUCCUACAGGUGAACAAGGCAGCAGCAAAAGAUGUAACUCACCAAUCAGCAGAAAUAUGACCGAAGGGACAGAACUAAAUAAGAUCACAACUGAAGAAACUGUUGCUGAACCUCAAGAUCACCAGUCUUACAUGCAACAAGCAGCAGACCCUGACCUAGAAAAUGGCAAUUUAGCUAUGGUCAAGAUGGUGACAAAUCUCCACUGUGCCAGAGAUCUGCAGGAAAUGAGAAUUAAAAAGAAAUAUAGGCAAAAUAUUAGCUCACAGCCAGGCAGUCUUUAUGUAAUUAAGACAUCCUCAAGAAAUAGAAUCUCUCUGAAGACUGCAGUAGAAGAGAAAUCGCCUGGUUUUUAUUCUGCAGAGGAGCUUUACACAUAUGGUGUUUCAAAACAUUGCAUACAAGUUAACAGCACAAAUGCAGAAUCUUUCCAGUUUCUUAUCGAAGACUUCUUCAGCAAGGAGUAUUUAUUGGCUGGAAAUGGGAUGCAACUUGCUGAUGGAGGAUGGCUGAUACCUACAGAUGAAGGAAAAGCUGGAAAAAAGGAGUUUUACAGAGCCCUCUGUGACACUCCUGGUGUGGAUCCCAAGCUCAUAACAGAGGCCUGGGGUUACAACCACUAUAGGUGGAUCAUAUGGAAACUGGCAGCCAUGGAAGUGUCUUUUCCACAGGAAUUUGCUAACAGAUGUUUGACACCAGAAACAGUGCUGUUGCAGUUGAAAUACAGGUAUGAUUUGGAGGUUGAUAAAAGUAAACGAUCAGCAAUAAAAAAAAUAACAGAGAGAGAUGAUGCAGCAGGUAAAACACUUGUGCUGUGUGUUUCUAAAGUCAUAUCCCUAAACACCGAUGUGUCUCCUAGCAGUAGCAAUAACAAUGUGGGAGGUAAAAAAGAAGCAGCCAUAAUUGAAGUUACUGAUGGCUGGUAUGGGAUUAGAGCUCUUCUGGAUCCACCUCUCAAAGCUUUCUUAUGUAGAAGAAGGCUGACUGUCGGUCAGAAGAUCAUAGUGCACGGAGCAGAACUUGUUGGCUCUCCAAAUGGAUGUACACCACUGGAAGCUCCAGAUUCCCUUAUGUUAAAGAUUUCAGCGAACAGCACUCGACGUGCACGGUGGAAUGCAAAGCUAGGAUUUCAUCGGGAUCCCAGACCUUUUCCUUUGCCUUUGUCAUCACUUUACAGUGAGGGUGGUGCAGUGGGGUGUAUUGAUGUAGUUAUUCAAAGAACUUACCCUAUUCAGUGGAUGGAAAAGACAUCAGCUGGUUCAUAUGUGUUUCGGAACAGCCGAGCUGAAGAGAGGGAAGCUGCCAAGCAUGCAGAGGAUCAGCAAAAGAAACUAGAAGCUCUGUUUGCAAAAAUCCAAGCAGAAUAUGAAAAGCAUGAAGAGGCAACCAGCAGAAGAACACUGAGAUCACACAUAGUCACAAGACAGCAAAUUCAUAAUUUGCAAGAUGGUGCAGAACUUUAUGAAGCAAUUCAGAAUGCGUCUGAUCCUGGCUAUAUGGAGGGAUACCUCAGUGAAGACCAAUUAAAAGCUUUGAAUGCACACAGGCAGUUGAUGAAUGAUAAAAAGCAAACUCAAAUACAGGAAGAAUUCAAGAAGGCUUUAGAGUCAGCAGAACAGGAAGAAAAUGGUUGUUCCAAAAGAGAUGUGUCUACUGUAUGGAAGUUGUGUGUGGUAGACUACAGAAAGCAAGAAAAACAUAAAGGAGUGAUACUGAGUGUCUGGCGGCCGCUGCUGGAGGUCUGUUCGUUGCUGAAGGAAGGCGGUCGGUACAGGAUCUACCAGCUGUCAACAUCACACUCCAAGGGGAGAUCAGACUCAACUCACAUACAAUUAACAGCAACAAAGAAAACUCAGUAUCUACAACUAUCAGUAUCGCAGGAGAUGCUGGUACAGAUUUACUUUCCAAGAAAGGCUCUAAAAUUCACCAGUUUGUCAGAUCCUUCUUUUCAGCCACCGUGUGCUGAAGUUGAUUUAGCUGGAGUUGUUGUUUCUGUUAGCAGAACAGGUUUCACUACUACAGUGUACUUAUCUGAUGAAAGCUGUAAUUUGGUGGCAGUAAAGAUCCGGACAGAUCUCAGACACUUUGCUAUCGAAGAUAUCGUUGUCCCCCAUUCCUUCAUUUCUGCAAGCAACCUUCAGUGGCUAUCUGAAUUCAGGUCAGAAAUUCCUGUGCUCCUGGCUGGAGAUCUUUCCGUAUUCUCAGCCAGCCCAAAGGAAAACUAUCUCCAAGAGAAGGUUAACGAACUGAGAAGUUCUAUAGAGAAUGUGGCCUCCUUUUGCUCUGAUGCAGAAAGUAAAUUGAUGAAUUUGCUACGAAGAAAUCUCUCACUCACACCCAGUUUAACUAAAAGAUGUGGCUUGGAAUGUCCCUCUUCUUCCUGCAAUUCAAGCCUUUAUGCAGAGGAUAAAAGCUUGAUCUCUUCUUCUAAAUCUGAAGUAAAGCAUCCAAACCCUCUAUCAACUAGCACACCAAACAGGAAAUUUCCUGCACAAGGGUCAGCAAAAACACCAUCAUCUGCUUCAAUUAAUGAAGACCAUCCCAGAAACAGCAAAAAGAGAAAAGCAAUGGACUUCCUCAGUUGCAUACCUGCCCCCCCACCACUCACACCAAUUUGUUCCAGCAUUUCUCCAUCUUUAAAAAAAGCUUUUCAGCCACCACGAAGUUUGGGUUUACAGCACAGCAAGUCAUCUAAAGAAACAAAUCAGAAUAUUGGUCGUGUCACCCCCUGCAGAAAACUGAGACAUGCUGUCCAUCUUCCUGAGAAUGACCUGAUUGCUGAUGAAGAACUUGCAAUGAUUAACACACAAGCACUCAUUAAUAAUUUACCAGAAGAAAAGAAGAUUGAUUAUGCAAAUGAGAACAGCAGUACAAUUCCUGCUAAUGUAUCUGAUGAUCCUUCACUCAAAAAUAGCUCCAGGUCUACUGGGGAAGCAAAUAACUCGUCAAAAACCAGUUCUGAAGCAUCUGAGGCUCUUUAAAAAAGACCCCAAAGGAACCUGAGGACUUGGUACCAGCCCCCAGAAGGCUACAAAGACAAAAACACCAAAAAUGCUACUAAAUGCACAUGUACAGUAUUGUAUAUAUUUCAAAUUCAAUUUAUUUUUACACUUUGUACAUUAAAUCCUGAUUGUGUUUAAUAAAGCUGUAUUACAAAAACAAA